CACAUGACAUCCGUUUCCCCUGUUUCUUUUCCACAGACUCAGCUCGAAAGGCUCCUGUGGCAGAGCGACGGUGUGGCGGUAGAAGAAGUUUACAUUUUACUGGAAGAAGUGUUGUAUUGAACAUUAAGUGUAUGCCGAGUUGACAACUGGACCCUGCCAAGUGUCUAACUUAUCUUCUCUGUCUCUUAAGUCAGAGGAAGUUUGUCCAAUCCACUCAGAAACAUGCCAUCCAACAAAUCAGUUUCUGACGCUCCCAUCACUCAGUUCAUCAACUGCAGGAUACUGAGAGACCACUGUCUGCAGAGAGAGGACCUGUGGGUGCGUGACGGAAAGAUUUUGGAUCCAGAGAAACUUUUCUUCGAUGAGCACGGUUAUGCCGACAAGCGGGUAGACUGUGAAGACAGCAUCAUCGCCCCGGGCUUUAUAGAUGUUCAGAUUAAUGGAGGGUACGGGGUCGACUUCUCUCAGGCCUGCGAAGAUGUCAGCAGCGGAAUUUCUUUCGUGGCAAAAAAGAUCCUUGAGCACGGUGUGACAUCCUUCUGCCCCACGCUGGUCACCUCGCCCCUUGACGUCUACCACAAGGUUUUGCCUCAGGUCAAAGUUCACGAUGGAGGAGCGCAUGGAGCUGGAGUUCUUGGAUUUCACCUGGAGGGCCCGUUCAUCAGCGUGGAGAAGAAAGGAGCUCACCCGGAGAAGUUUCUCCGGACCUUCAAGAGCAGCGGGCUCGGGUACCUGAUGGAAACCUACGGUGGCCUGGACAGCGUUGCCAUGGUGACACUGGCUCCAGAGUUGGAUGGCAGCCAAUCGGUGAUCAGGGAUCUCUGCCAGAAGGGAAUCACGGUGUCGCUAGGUCACUCUGUGGCCAACCUGUCUCAGGCGGAGGAGGCUGUUCAACACGGAGCCUCCUUCAUCACCCACCUCUUCAACGCCAUGCUGCCUUUCCACCACAGGGACCCUGGUAUUGUGGGUCUGCUGACCAGUGAUCAGGUUCCUGCAGGCCGGACGGUUUACUACGGCAUGAUCGCUGACGGGAUCCACACCAACCCUGCAGCGCUGAGGAUUGCACACAGAUCCCACCCCUCAGGUCUGGUGCUGGUGACGGAUGCAAUCACAGCGAUGGGGCUCCCUCCUGGUCGCCACACCCUGGGUCAGCAGGUCAUCGAGAUCCAGGGUCUCCAUGCCUACGUGGCAGGCACGAAGACACUAUGCGGUAGCAUAGCCACGAUGGAUAUGUGUGUACGGCACUUUAAACAUGCUUCAGGCUGCAGUGUAGAGGAGGCUCUGGAAGCUGCCUCGCUGCAUCCUGCUCAACUUCUGGGUAUCAGCCACAGGAAGGGAAACCUUGACUUUGGGUCAGACGCAGACCUGGUUUUGCUCGAUGACACCCUCAACAUCAAAGCCACAUUUAUUUCUGGGGAGGAGGUUUGGAGAAAAUGACCAUGGAAGAAGAAGAACAACAAGAACAAGCCCGGCACAGCGGGGACACCGUGGUGCCUUCAGAGAACGAUGUUAAACAUACAUACAAUUCUGUUGAAUGUUUUAGUUCAUCAGAAAACAUUAUACUUUAUCCUAGGCUGCUCUACACUUAAUACAUGUCAUCUAAGACGUAAAGAUUGGGCUAUUUAUGUCCUAAAAAGGCCACUGUACAGAGGAUAAACCUUUUUAAAUAUUGAUUUGAAUUUUCUUAAAAUCUCUUGAUAUAAACAUUUAAAUAACUUGACUCCAUUUUUGAUCCAUUCAGAAAUGUUAUUGUGCGUUUGCGUGUGUGAGAGUUAUCAUCGCAGUCUCGAAAGACUCCUACAGAUGUUAGUUUUUCUGUAAAAAAUGCAUUUUUUUAUGAAAGUAUCUUUAAUUCAAGUAUCAGCAAUGAAACUUUGACACAGAUUGGAGCUUUAUUUUGACAUUGAGAUUUGAUAAAUGAUAAUGCUCAUAAUGUAAAAGAUACUUUUGUUAGCCUGGUUAUUUGAAUCACGUUUGACGAUACAUUGCGGUAUUAAAUUAAUUAAAUCAACGUUUAGUAAAUGAUACUGUAACAUGAAUGUUCCUCUUCUAAGCAAUAACAUUUACUUUUGUUAUAUUUAUAGUCAUUCCAGGUGGAAUUAUGAUGUUUGUGUACAUUAAUGUUUGUUUGCAUGAUUUAGCCAGUUUUUUUUUUUCAAAGUUCAUUUAUAAUCUUAUAGUCAUAUCUAACGGAAAUACAUUUUAAAACAGCAAGGCAAAUUGCAAAUGUUUAAAUUUGUUAUUCUUAUUAAAUUCAUUAAAUUAGAAUUAUACAACA